AUGUCCAAGGGAGAAAUUAACCAAACUCAUUAUGCCAAAUUGAUGGAGAUUUUUACAGGAUAUAUUGAUGUCUACAAUGCUUUAUACAGGCUGAAAACAAAUGACGAAGAAAAAUUAAACGAAAUUUACAAAAAAAUCAAACAAAACCUGAUUCACUCUUAUCAAAUUCCGCCUGAUGAAAUUGUUACUGAUAUAUCCUUUAUUUUGAUUUAUAACAAUCGCUACGUGAAGUCAUAUUUAGCGUUGGCCAAAAAAAUUGUUGACGAAUACCAUCUAAAUCACGUCAACAAAAUCUGCACAGUUUUUUGUUACUUUUUCUACAAAGAAUACAACAUAGUACUUAAUGAAAACUGUGAAGAAAGUUUUCAUCAAAUUGAAGAUUCUCAUUGUUCAACGGAUAUUCACAACAAAAAUACAUUAUAG